UAAUCCGCUGGUAAAUAAUAUGCUGCCACUCCUUCUUGUUCAAAUUCUCGAGACACAGAGUGAUUGUGGCGGCGGUGUCUUUGGUGGCAGUGCUCCCCUGAAUCUGAAUUGGUCUCAGGUCAAUCAAAUUGUCAAAAGAGAAUGGAGGGAUUGUCAUCCUCUUCCGCUAUUUUCUACGACUUUCUCGAUCGAAUGCGAAACCCUGCUUCCCUCGAUCUCGUCCGAUCUAUCAAAAGUUUUAUCGUUUCCUUCUCGUUUUACGCGGCCAACCCUGAAAGUGAUGGCAAAAAGGUUCAAGAGUUCUACGCAACCAUGGAAGAUAAUAUUAGGGAUCAUCCUUUGUGGGCAGGUGCCACUGAUCAGGAAGUCGAUUGUGCAAUGGAGGGUUUGGAGAAAUAUGUCAUGACAAAGUUGUUUUCCCGGACCUUUGCUUCUUCACCCGAGGAUGCAAAGAUUGACCUUGAAACCUCGCACAAAAUACACUUGCUGGAGACCUUCUUGAAGCCUGAGCAUCUGGAUAUUCCAGUAGUUCUGCGCAAUGAAGCUUCAUGGCUGCUUGCAGAAAAAGAAUUGCAGAAAAUCAAUGCGUUCAAAGCCCCUCGUGAAAAGCUUCUCUGUAUUAUGAAUUGUUGCAAGGUCAUUAACAAUCUGUUACUGAAUGCAUCAAUGUCAGAAAAUCAUGUAUUAGCAGGAGCUGAUGACUUCCUUCCUGUCCUUAUAUAUGUCAUGAUCAAGGCCAAUCCUCCACAGUUGCAUUCCAACCUCAGAUUUAUUCAGUUAUAUCGAAGGCAGACAAAACUUGUGUCGGAAGCGGCUUAUUACUUCACCAAUCUUGUCUCAGCCAAAACAUUUAUUCUUGAGUUAAAUGCUAAAUCUCUUUCUAUUGAUGAAAUCGAAUUUGAAGAGAGUAUGCAUGCCGCAAGAUUGACCAAUAAAGCUACAGAAAAGGACGCCACACAAGCUUUGGAAGAAAUGACAACCUCACAAGGCCAGACAGAUCCUGGUUCAUCAGCGGUGUUGCAUUAUAAAGAGAGAAGCGGUAAGGUUCAAACUAUAACUCAUUUUCCUAACCGUAUAUUUGGAUGAGGAAAUUUAAAGUCUCAAGGAACUUUAGACUCAAUUGUUAAAAAUGCACUAGAAGAAGCUUUACCAAUCAACUACUAAAACAGUACAUAGCUACUACUAAAACAUUGCCAGUGGACUACAAGACGCUAAACACACGACUUCCAAAUGACACCCUUGAAGGAGUCAUUCAAGAGUUCUCUCAAAUGUAUUGCAUUUAGUCAUUUUGAAGUCCCUCUAUUUAAGUAUAUACCCUAACAAUUUUCCCCUUAGAUCCAUUGACUUUAAAAGUUCCUUAUCCAAACACACCAUAAAUGUUACCUUUUCUUCAGGCCCUAGUUUUGAGGUGUUGGCCCCAUUUUGGAUUGGAUUGGAUUGCAUAAUUCACUAGAUUCAAUGUAUGUUGAAGCAAGAAAUGGAUAUGAACUUAAAAUCUUGUCCAAGUAGAAGUUAGAAAAUGUUAGUUGAACCUAUGCUACCCUUGUGAAUUGAACCUAUGCUACCUUUAGAAAUACUAUAGAACUUCAACCAUUACGUUUUUUUCUUCUUUGACAACAAAACAAUGUGUGGCUUGUUUUAUUUUUCUUUUGUAUGCUCAAAUAAUGGGAGCUUGGGACCGUGUACUUUUAGUUAGUUGUAAUAUUCCAAUCCAAAGUUCCAUAAGUAACAGAUAAAUGCAUCCACCAUUGUGAAAAUAUUUUUUAUCGGUUUUUGUUUAUGUUAGUUACCCUUCCAGACUCUUGACAAUAGAAUUUUACGGCUUAAUUUUCAUUGUAUUUUAUAACUGAAAUAUAUAUACAAAAUACAAUCCUUGUUCUAUAAGGAAACAAUAAACAAUAAAGGACACACAUAUAUCCUUCCUAAUAAAGGAUUCCUAAUAUUUACAAUAUAUUUACAUACCCUUUAAUUACUACUCAUGGCAACACUCCCCCUCAAGUUGGAGCAUAUAUAUCACACAUGCCCAACUUGACAAGUGAGUCACCAAAAGAUCUACUACACACGGCAUGCGUGAGGAUAUCCGCAAGUUGCUCUUCCGAGUUCACAAACGGUAUUGACACAAUCUUCUUCUCAAGCUUUUCCUUAAUAAAAUGACGAUCAACCUCCACAUGCUUUGUUCUGUCAUGUUGUACCGAGUUCUUUGCAAUCUCCCCUGCGGAUUUAUUAUCACAAUACAAGCUUAUGGCCUCUUUUGCUUUGAAACCUAGACCCCAAAGUAACUUACGUAACCAAAGAAUUUCACAUACUCCAUGUGUCAUACCUCUAAAUUCGGCCUCAAUUGAAGACCUUGACACCACAUUUUGCUUCUUGCUCCUCCAAGUGACUAGAUUUCCACCAACAAACGUAAAGUAUCCAGCAGUAGAGCGCCUAUCAGUCACAUCACCUGCCCAAUCAACAUCGGUAAAUCCCUCAAUUCUCAGAUGACCGGAAUUUUUAUGCAAAAUUCUUUUUCCCAGAGCCGACUUCAGAUAAGCUAAAAUCCGCAUAACAGCUGCCAUAUGAUCCAUACUCGGUGAGUGCAUAAACUAACUCACUACACUUACUGCAUAGGCUAUAUCCGGACUAGUAUGAGCUAAAUAAAUUAGUCUUCCUACCAACCUCUGAUAUUUGCCUUUAUCUACUGGUUCUUGGUCCGGAUAAAUUCCCAAAUAAUGUUUCUCCACAAUGGGAGUAUCCACGGGUUUACAUCCAAGCAUACAUGUUUUCUUCAAUAAAUUCAGAACAUAUUUUCGUUGAGACAAGAAAAUACCUUUGGAUGAAAGAGCAACUUCAACUCCAAGAAAAAAUUUAAGUCACCUAAACUCUUCAUCUUAAACUAGGCAGAAAGAUUCUUCUCCAGUUUGACAAUCUCAUCUGAAUCAUCACCUGUUAUUAUCAUAUCAUCUACAUAAAUAAUUAAGGCCGUUACUUUACCAUUUCUCCGCUUCACAAAUAAAGUAUGAUCAGAAUGACUCUGAUAAUACCCAUUUUUUCUCAUGGCAUGGUUGAACCCCCCAAAUCAUGCACAAGGUGACUGCUUAAGCCCAUAAAGUGACUUUCGCAAUCGGCACACUCCCGAUUUUUCUCCGUUACUAUACCCUGGAGGAAAUCCAUAUACAUUUCUUUCUCUAGAUGUCCAUGAAGAAACACAUUUUUUACAUCAAACUGUUUCAGUGGCCAAUUCAAAUUUGCAGCUAAUGAGAUAAGGACUCGUACCGUAUUCAUCUUAGCCACGGGAGAGAAAGUUUCCUGAUAAUCAACUCCGUAUGUUUGAGUAUACCCUUUCACCACCAACCUUGCUGUAUACAUGUUGAGUGAUUCGUCAGCCUUGUAUUUAACUGUAAAAACCCAUCGGCACCCAACUGGCUUUUUUCCUUUCGGCAACUCAACUACUUCCCAUGUAUUAUUUUUCUGCAAUGCCUUCAUCUCUUCAUCCAUUGCUUCGGUCCAUACUCGACUCUUCAAAGCGUCUUCUACUCGAGUUGGUACUUGAAUUGAAUCCACAUUAUUCACCCAAGCUUGGCGUUCAGAUGAAAGGUUUUUACAGGACACAUAAUUAGCUAUGGGAUACUUCACUUUUCCCUCCGGAGAGAACCUGUUAGGAGGUACACCACGAUUUUGCCUUGGUGGCAAUUUAUAUGUACUUAUAACAUCAUUAGUUAUAUGAGUAUCACUAGUGCUUACCUCAGGGAUAACCAGAGAAGAUGUUUUGGACAGUGGCACUGUUGAGUUAGAGAAAGGAGAGGAAGCUUCGGCAAUUGCUGGCUGACCAUCAGUGCACUUCUCUUCGGCAUCACUAACACACGGACUGGCAACCUCUUCUUCGGUGAGAAGAUGCUGACCACUUGCAGCAGGUUCUGUGAAAAACUGCUGACCACUCACAACAGGCUCGGCAGGAGGAGACCGAGCAUCAACUGCAUCACUCAGCACAACGUCAUGCACUCCCCCCGAAACCGUUACCUCUUGUACAUCCAACCAUUCAAAAUCACCAUCAAGAUCACAACUAGAACUCUCCCUCUUGUGAUCAAAGGGUGGUGAUAUGGGAGCAUAAAAAUAUUUGACUCAGAGAAAGUCACAUCCAUGGUUAUAUACAUGUGGCAAGUUGUAGGGUGAUAACACUUGUAACCUUUCUGGUGGGAUGCAAAACCCACAAAGACACACCGAAGAGCACAAGGAUCCAAUUUA